AUGCGUCUUAUCAACGCCGUCAAGUCGCUGCUGGCGGCGGCCGUGGCCAUCCAGACGGCUGCAGCUCACAACAUCGUCCUGCCUUCCCAUGGCGUCGAGUGUUUCUACGAAGAUCUUCACCGCGAUGACACCAUGACCGUCACCUACCAGGUUGGAGACCGGGAGUUCGGAUCAGCAGGCAAUCUCGAGAUUGACUUCUGGAUUCUCAACCCCAGGAACCAGCACGAAGUCCAGAGCAAGUCCGUCUCCUCGGGAGACCACAGCUUCACGGCCCGCCACGACGGGAGAUACACAUACUGCUUCGGCAACCAGCACUGGGGAGCCAACACCAAGGAGGUGUCCUUCAACGUCCACGGGAUCGUCUACGUCAGCGAGGGUGACAUGCCCAGUGACCCUCUCGAGAAGGAGGUCCGCGCCCUAUCCGACCUCCUGGCCCAAGUCAAGGAUGAGCAGCAGUACAUUGUUAUCCGCGAGCGGACCCACCGCAACACGGCCGAGAGCACAAACGCUCGAGUAAAGUGGUGGAACCUCUUCGUCAUUGGCAUCGUCAUCGGCGAAUCUUUUUUUCAGGUCUGGUGGCUCCGUCGCUUCUUUGAGGUGAAGCGUGUUGUUUAA